ACCUGGAGACUAUUCCAAAAGUGGAUCAUUUCUCUUCCCAGCGCCAUCGCUGGAAUACUAACGAGGAAAUUGCAGCCAUUUUAAUCAGUUUUGAGAAACAUGAGGAUUGGUUGUCUAAAGAGGUGAAAAUCAGGCCUAAAAGUGGCUCCAUGUUGUUAUACAGUAGAAAACGGGUACGCUAUCGGAGGGAUGGUUACUGUUGGAAGAAACGCAAAGAUGGAAAAACAACAAGAGAAGACCAUAUGAAACUAAAAGUUCAAGGAACAGAGUGUAUUUAUGGAUGUUAUGUGCACUCUGCAAUCCUUCCAACUUUUCAUCGUCGCUGUUAUUGGCUUCUCCAGAAUCCUGACAUUGUGCUUGUUCAUUAUCUGAAUGUCCCCUAUAGUGAUGACAACAAAAUCCUCAUUUCUCCCAGUCUCAGCUACUGUGCUGAUAAAAAAGAAUGGACAAAGGAGGAGCUAGUUUCCCAGCUAAAACCCAUGUUUUAUAGUGAGAAUGAACCAGAUUUAAAUAAUGAAUUAGAAAUUUCACAAACAGCAGAAACUGUGGAAGCCAUUGUCCAACAGCUUAUGGAGAAGCAGCGAGCCAAGAUGGCUGUCCGAACACAUGAAUGUGUGUGUGACACAACAACUCCAUCCAAGUCACCUGUUCCUACAGGGUCAGUAUCAGGAGGAAGUAAAAAAUGUAGUCAUACUUUACAUCGGAUUAUCUCACCCAAGACCCAGGCUGCAGCAGCAGCUGCUGCAUCUAGCAUUGGUACUGUGGCUGCUACUGUAGCUUCAACAACAUCAGUUCAGACUUCUAUUUCUCAAACAAUUAGUCAGAAAACAGUAACCAAUAUCAUUCAAUCUACAACAACAGUUAGUAGUUCUACAACUUCUCAGCGAUCAAGUGGGGUGAUCUUGGCCAUGCCUUGCAGAUCUCUCGUACAGGAUGGCUCUUCUCGAGAAGCCAAUCUCCCUGUAGCUUCAGGUGUCAACAGUACUACCACAUCUCUGAUUUUAAACCUUUCUCAGCUUCAGGGAGGUGGAGGUCUGUUGAUUUUGAACAGUGCAGCAGCAGGUAUGGGGUUGAACUCAACUUCCUUGACUCCUGUGACACUGCUGUGUGGACAGAAUGCGGGUACUGCUUUUCUUACCACAACAACUGCUACUGCUCAGAACUCAAACUCCAUGGAAACCUCAGACUCUUCAUCAACAUCAACUCCUAAACACAUAAACUUAGGUAUGAAACAUAAUUCUGUCAAAUUGGACAACUCCUUAAAGAGUGAAGAGAUGGACUUUGGAUCAAAUGUUUCUAUUCAGAAAGACCCAAAUCUAAGUCGGGCUAUUCAUGAUUUUACCCUUGAUCCUGAAGGAAGCCUAACUCUGCUACAAGAUCUUCAAAAAGAAUCAUCUUCAAAUCUACUUUCCAGUUCUCCACCAUUAAUCAGUGCAGAUUCCUCUCCAGUUUUAAUUAAAACUGAACCUAUUAACCAAUCAGACAUGGUAGUGGACUUAAAUCCCAUGGACUUUAUUGAUAAUGAUCUUUCAACCCCUGAUGAUGAGGUCUUUAAUCUUGAUACGUUUGACAUGCUUACUGACUUACCAAACCUAGAUGACCUUCAUUCUGACCUGGUGUCCAGUAGUGGUUUAUGUGGACAUAGUAGCACCUCUUCUGGUACAAAUCUUCUUGCAGUUUCUGUAUCUAAAAGUCAUCACCAUGGUUCUCAAGAUUACCAACACACAUCACAGCACAUCACUGAUUAUUGUCCUCAUUGGUCUUAUACAGAAGGUGGAGUGAAGGUGUUGAUCACAGGACCAUGGGAUUCAGCUAGUUCUGUGUAUACAGCUUUGUUUGAUGGAGUCAGUGUCCCCACAACAUUGGUACAGAAUGGUGUACUACGCUGCUUUUGCCCUGCUCAUGAAGCUGGAUUAGUGACUUUACAAGUAGCCUGUCAAGGGUUUGUAGUUUCCAACUCGGUGACAUUUGAAUAUCAUAAGAGAAGUAUGAUGUAUGUCAUCAAUGAACAGGACUGGUUUUUUGUAGAUGAAAGCGUGUUAAAGUUUUCCUUAUUGGAACGGUUGGAAAUGAUGGAGACAAGAAUGUCAUUUCAACCACAUGAGUUAUCAGUUUAUCCUGUUGGAAUUAUCACUCAAGCGGACUGCAGUGAAAAACAAAGAAGCUUUGAAGACAGAUUAGUUGUUUUGUGUCAACGGCUUCUUGGUGGAAGUUGGAUCCAUGGGAAUGACACUAAUGCUCUAGAAGCCACUUCUCGGUCUGAUCUCACUUUACUUCAUUUGGCAGCAGCUCUUGGUUACAGUCGACUUGUCUGUACCUUACUACAUUGGAGAACUGAGAACCCAUCACUUAUUCUUGAGUCUGAAGUUGAUGCUCUUAGUCGAGACAAAAACAAAUGUACACCUCUAUUGUGGGCCUGUGCUAAGGGUCACAAAGAAGUUGCAUUAUUGUUGUACCAAUGGAAUUCACUAGCACUCAAGAUUCAGGACAGUAGUGGUAGUGACCCUUUAACUGUGGCCAAACAAAAGGGCCACAUUGAGCUAGCAGAUCAAAUAGAACACUUAGAACAAGCUAGACAUUCCCACGAUAGCACACCAGAGUUCAGCCCUGAACAGCAUUCUGUUGUGGAAAAUCAUUCCAAAGCCACAAAUUUUAACUUCUCUACUAGCCCAACUCUGAAUGAAUCAUCACCAAUAAGUACCAGCCCUGGUUUAACACUUUACUCAUCUCUGUCAUUACCUGUCCUGAGUCCUUUAUCAACUGGCAAAUCUUCUAAUCAAUAUGAUGCCUUGACAAAACAGUCUUCUACAGAUGGUUGUUCCAAUGUCCCAAUAAUGACUUCAGCUGAGAUUAUGUCUAAAUCAACAAUGUGUAAUAAGGAAACUUACAAAACACCACAGUUACCUUGCACUGAUCGGAGUUUAUCUUUACCACUAACUAGUUCACCUAUUUUGAUCACGUCUACGAUUACAGAAGAAAGCUGUAUUUCUUCACCUGGUAUAAUUGAUACAGGUGAUACAUUGUCUAAUAAUGAGAGUCCUUACGUUGAUGUUGUUGGUAUUUCUGAUGAGGAGCAUGACAGCCAGGUUGAUGUAGUAACUACUGGAACUACUACUUCAAGUUGUCAGCAAAGUUACAUCAGUUGUGAUCUCAAUAUGGGUGAUACAAACAAUCAGGUAUUAAGUCUGGCUGAGAAAAUCAUUGCUGCCAUGCCUGACCGCAUCAAAGCCUCUUCCACAUCAAACAAUAGGGAACUCACAGGCUUGAUGGAAUUGGAGAGUGAAAUGAAUUUGCUGCCAAAAGGUGAAGGACUUGGUGAGAAUCACACCACUCAAGACAGACUUUCUUUGGAGAUGUGUCCCGUGGAUGAACCUCCUCCUCCUUUACUCAGUGAAGAAUUUAAUUUUGAGUUCAGUGACCAUAAUUAUAGAUACUGUGAUGUUGGUACUCCAGCUUCUUCCUUAAGUCCUACAUCUUCAUGUCUUCCAAGUCCAGCAAGUUUCACUGUGGAAUCCUGCUCACCACCACCCACCACUGCAGACUUCUGUGAAUUUUUCCAAGCCUCUGGUAAAAUAAUGGAGAGAGAUUUUUCAAACUUAACAUUGUCAGAUCGAGAACAAAGAGAACUUUAUGAAGCAGCCAAAAUCAUUCAGAAAGCAUACCGCUCUUAUAAAGGUCGGAAACGUCAAGAAGAACAAGAAAAAGAAAAAGUAGCAGCAGUUCUAAUUCAGAGUUAUUAUCGUAGGUACAAACAGUAUUUGUACUACAAGCAAAUGACAAAAGCAGCACAGGUAAUACAAAACCAAUACCGUAAUUACUGUGAACACAAACGGUUCAAGAAAAGCGUAGAAGGAGAAAUCUCAGCAGGCUGCAAAACAUCCACUUUUGGCCAUCAGGGAACAUCAAGCCCUAAUCUUCAGUCUUUCUACCGAACUGUGGGAGAGGGAGAUAGCAAAUGGCCAAAUUCAAGCCGUGAAGGAACUCCAACUUCGGCUGUUAAGCGAACCUAUUCCCAGAGAAGACAACAUCAAGCUGCAAGGAAAAUUCAACAGUUUAUGAGACAAUCCAAAAAUAACGUGUGGGACUUGCUGCAUGGGAGAGCGAUUACAGAAAGAACGUGCAUUAGCUGCAGAAAAAGAGAAGCUACAGGGGGAAGCAGCGGGCCAGCAGCUACGGCUCCCAAAAUCUCGGGAACAGCUUUCUAACUCAAGCCAUAAAGAGUCACAAAGAGAAAACCAUUGUAAAGAUUCUAGCUAAAACUGCAAGGAAUUGUCAAGAAUAGUCCAAUAUCUGGUUUUCAACUGUUUGUGAGACACUUUUGAUGGAUGCCUGAUGAAAGACGAGCACGUGUGACAAGAAGAGAAUAAUGCUUCUCUGUCAUUAGAGAAUAUUGUAUGACAAAUGUUAAGAGUGACAUUACAAUAUAUUACUCAUUUCUGUAAGCUCCCCAGUAACUAAGCUGUAGGGAGUUUUUCUAUUUGCUCACUACUUUUCAAUCUUUUUCCUUUCCUUUUAUCAGAUCUCACCAACCAAUUAUAUCAUACAGAAAUCAUCAUCUUUCAGGCUUUGAAUGAUAUGAAUAUAAAAAAUAAGAAUCCUAAUUACAAAUCA